AUGGCCGCAAGCUUAACGUCCAGAACCGGUCUGCCCGUAGUGGUGAGAAGCCAAGGCCACUAUCUCGAGCUCAUUGAAGGGCGCCAGGUCCUUGACGCCUGCGGUGGAGCAGGCGUUACAUGUAUCGGCCACGGAAAUUCAGAAGUCCUCUCGGCAAUGAGCGCCGAAGCCAGCAAUCUUACCUACAUUCCAUGGGCUUUCUUCGACAAUCAGAGCACCAUUGAUCUUCAAGACUGGCUUAUUCAAAGCACUGGAGGCGAGAUGACCAAGGUCUAUCUUCAAUCUUCGGGCUCCGAGGCCGUAGAGGCAGCCAUCAAGUUAGCCCGCGAGUACUUCGUGUGGAAAGGCGAGCCCCAGAGGAUCUCUUUCAUAGCCCGCGAGGAUUCCUACCAUGGAAUCACCAUCGGUUCCCUCUCCGUUUCUGGCCAUCGAGGGAGGAGGGCGAAUUUUGAAGACAUCCUUCUCCCAAAUGUCCACCGCAUCCCGGCCUGCAACGCCUACCGGCAAAAGCUUUCUGACGAGUCCGACGAAGCGUUCGUCACCCGAAAAGCCGCCGAGCUCGAAGCGGCAUUCCAGGCCGCCGGCACAGACACCAUCGCAGCCUUCAUCGCCGAGCCCGUUGUCGGCGCAGCGCUCGGGUGCGUGCCGUCGCCGCCGGGCUACUUCAAGGCCAUGAAGGCCGUAUGCGAACAGCACGGCGCGCUCCUCAUUCUCGACGAGGUCAUGUGCGGGAUGGGGCGUACGGGUACCCUACACGCGUGGGAGCAGGAGGGCGUCGUGCCGGACAUCCAAUGCAUCGGAAAGGGCCUCGCAGGCGGGUACCAGGCGUGCUCGGCGGUGCUGGCUAGCGCGCAGGUCGUCGGCGUCAUGAACAAGGCCAAGGCGGCCUUCACGCACGGCCACACGUUCGGCAAUCAUGCUGUCGUGUCUGCCGCCGCGCUCGCCGUACAGGGAAUCAUCUCGCGGGAGGGCCUCGUGGCUAACACCCGGGAGCAGGGUGGGUAUCUCGAGGCCGCGCUGCGGCAACGGCUUGGCUGCCACCCGCAGGUUGGGGAUAUCCGCGGCAGGGGCCUGUUCUGGGGGGUUGAGUUUGUGCGGGACAAGGCCUCCAGGGAGCCGUUCGACCCUGCCCUCCUGGUCGCGAAGCUGGUGCACGAGAAGGCGAUGGCGGGCGGGAAGAAGGGCGGGCCGAUGAUGAUCUACCAUGGCCAGGGCUGCGCUGGCAACAAAAGGGGCGAUCAUGUCAUGAUCAUGCCGGCGUAUAACGUUGAUGCGCGGAUGGUCGAUGUGAUUGUCCAGAGGCUUGGGAACGCCGUGGAUGCGGCGUUUGAGGAACUUGCGAGGAGAGGAUUGACUUGGUAA